UUUAUGAUAACAAAACUGUGGAUGAUAGCAAUGUGCUAUUUUUAUUAUACCCAUCAAAAAUUUUGACGCGUUCGUUUGAUCGACAUUAAAAUUUGUGAUUGUGUAGUUAUUUUAAUAAGUAAUUUAUCAAUAAAAAAUUAUUAUCAAUAAACAGUAAUAUUAUUUAUAAAUCAUAAUACUUUUAUUCGUCAUGAAUAAAGAUAAAUUAUGUAUUUGUGGUAAAAGUAAGGGAGAUUUAAACCAAAGCAAAUGGCUAAGACACCUAAAUUCAUGUAGCAGAAAAAGAAAAUCUACCAGUACAACAACCAGCAACAUAAAAAAGUUCUUUUCAUCGACGAAUUCAUUCUCCACAACAAAUCUGGAUCAAGGCCUAGAACAAAAUCCAAAUAAACCAAGUGAUGGUGGUUUAACAGAGAACUUUUUAAACAAUAGUGAGUGUAGUGAACAAAGCAACCAUAGUUUCAAAGUUAACUCGGGACCGAAAACGAAUUUUCAUGUCGGCAUAGACAAAGAAAAAGAGGAUAAUAUAUCCCAUUUGGACUCCAAAGACAACAUAUCUGACCCAGUCACUUCAACUGGUUUACAUGAAAUCGUUCACCCUGUAUGGCUAGCCAAUCGAUUUGAUAUUGGGAUCACAAACCGAAAUUUGCUAGAUGACACCACGAAAAAAAAUGUACUUUCAUCGGUAUUGUUACCAAAACAAACAUACAAAUUCCCUACAGAAACAUCGCAUAAUAGAAGUUUUCAACCUAAGUGGAUUACUAAUGAUUUUGCUUGGCUGGCUUACUCAGCGAGUGAAGACAGCGUAUAUUGCAAAUCUUGCUGGUUAUUUUUCCAUGAAGGCGUUGGAAAAGGUGGUCAUCAAAAACCAGGAAAACUUGUGUCUGUCGGUUUUCGAGACUGGAAAAAAGCUAGAGAAUUUUUUCAAAAACAUAUGGAAAAAGAAUAUCACAAAAAAUGUGUUAUGCAAGCCACUUCAUUUCUCAAUAUAUUAACUGGAAAGCAGCUGGAUAUCGCGUCUCAGUUGGAUAGUCAACGCACCAAAGAGAUAUCUGAAAAUAGGGCUGCAUUGGAACCAAUUAUUCGCACAAUUCUUUUUUGUGCAGAACAAGAAUUACCUCUAAGAGGCGAUCAUAAUAGCGGUGCUCUAUCUUUGACACGACCUAAACAAAAAGAUGGAAAGUUCAGAGCUCUUUUACGGUUCAGAAUUGAGUCUGGUGAUCAAAAUUUAGAAAAACAUGUACUCAAGAGCUCCAAAAACGCUACUUAUUUGAGCCCUAUCAUCCAAAAUGAAGUUAUUCAGACGUGUUCUGACAUUAUCACUGAAAAAGUUAUUCAUAGAAUUUCUAAGGUACAAUGUUUUAGUCUCCUUGGCGAUGAAACAAUGGAUGUUUCAGGGACCGAGCAGCUUUCGCUAUGUCUACGGUACGUCGAUAUACCAGAUCUACAAGCUCCUAUUCUUCGUGAAGAUUUUAUCGGAUUUAUCCCAAUCAAAGAUCAGUCUUCUGAAAAUCUGACGAACGUUAUUUUACAGCGAUGUGAAGAGCUUAAUCUCGAUAUGACCAAGUGUAUUGGGCAAGGAUACGAUGGGGCAACAAAUAUGGCGGGUCAUUUGAGUGGCGUUCAAACGAGAAUUAGAGAUAAUUAUCCGAAGGCAAGAUACAUUCAUUGUGCCAGUCACCGUUUGAACCUUGCUCUGUCGAAUGCAAUGUCUGUUCCAGCAAUACGCAACUGUCUUGGAGUUGUUAGUCAGGUUGUAAAUUUGUUCAGAAAUCAUUCGAAUGCAAACAAACUUUUUCAAGACACUAUCCAAGAACAUGCUCCAGACAGUAAAAAAAAACGACUUCUUCGGCUUUGUGACACAAGAUUUAUCGAAAGACAUGACAGUAUUAUUGUAUUUUUAGAACUCCUCGAAUGCAUUGUCAUGUCUUUAGAUGAAAUUGCUCAAAGAACAUGGAACAUAUCUUCAACGGCAUCAAUUCUUCACACAGCUUGCCAAAAAAGUGAAUUUUUAGUGAGCCUUGUUGUUUGUGAAAAACUAUUCAGUUUGACUCUUCCGCUGUCGGUUUUUCUCCAAAAAAAAUCUUCAGAUUUCGUUUCCGCUGUAAAUUAUACAAAUGAUAUAUUGAGUGCACUCCGAAAAAUGCGGGAAACUGCUAGCGACACUUUCAGAGGAAUUUUUCAAGCAGCGUCGAAAUUUUCAGCGGACCUUUUUGACGCUGAACUUCAAGCUCCAAGAGUUGCAUCACGACAGAAAUCUCGUGUAAAUAUACAAACGACAUCGAAUGAAGAUUAUUUCAGAGUUACCACAUUUAUUCCUUGUAUCGAUGCUUUAAUACAAAAUUUGACGGAUAGAUUUAUCAAGAAUGAAGAUAUUCUCUCAAGUUUUCAACUGCUACUUCCAGGAUAUGCUUCCGAGAAAAAAAUGGAUGAACUGGAAAAAUUAGGUCCAUACUUUCAAGACGAAAUGUCAUUGUCCGCAGUUCAAGCUGAGUACAAGUUAUGGUGUGCCAAAAUGUCAUCAAUUGACUCAUCGACUGAAAUUUUGAAACUGUUGGAAUAUUGUGACAUAACAUUUUUUCGCGCGAUAAAUCUUCUUCUCAAGGUAUUGGCUACUAUUCCAGUCACAACGGCUAGCGUUGAAAGAUCGUUUUCCACAAUGAAGAGGAUAAAAACUUUACCUCGUAGUGUGAUGGGCCAUGACAGACUAAGUGCACUCGCGAUGAUGACAAUUCACUGGGAUACUAUUGUUGAUCCGGAAGAAGUGCUCAACUCCCCCCCGAAACCAAUUUCUGGAUACGGGCCUGAUGACACCCAUUCAAUUCUGCUGUGA